GCCAACGCGACGCGGACCAGAGGAGGAGAAAACGCGCUUGUUGGAGAAAGUUUUAAUCUCAGGACUUUUGGAAAUGCAGCUGUUCAUCGUCGCCCUGCUUCUGGGGCUCACAUUUGCUGUGCCUCCUAGGGAAAAGCGUGUGCACCACCAGCAGGAACUUAGUGACCACGUCCACGACGAUGCCCAUGGUUUCCAGUAUGACCACGAGGCCUUCUUGGGAAAAGAGGAAGCUAAGACCUUCGACCAGCUGACCCCCGAGGAGAGCCAGGCCCGGCUUGGGAAAAUCGUGGACCGAAUUGAUACGGAUAAAGACGGCUUCGUUAGCCACGCUGAGCUGCGCCACUGGAUCAAGCACAGGCAGAAUAAGUACAUCGAGGAAAACGUGAAUAAGAACUGGAAAGAGUAUGAUCAGAACAAUGACGACAAGAUUUCCUGGAUUGAAUAUAAGAACACCACUUAUGGCACCUAUUUAGAUGAUGAGUCUGAGCCUUUACAAGACCGAGAAAUGUACAAAUCAAUGUUCAACCGAGACCAGAGAAGGUUCAAGAAGGCAGAUAAAGAUGGGGAUGGAAUUGCUACGAGAGAGGAGUUCACCGCCUUCCUUCACCCAGAGGAGUCUGACUACAUGAAGGAGCUGGUGGUCCAGGAAACUGUGGAGGAUAUUGACAAGAAUGGCGAUGGCAAGAUCAGUUUACAGGAAUACAUCGGUGAUACGUUCACUGCUGAGGAUGGAGAGACUGAACCCGACUGGGUUGCAACAGAAAGGAAACAGUUCUCAGAAUACAGAGACACAAACAAGGAUGGCUUCCUCGAUGCCCGCGAAGUUGCCAUGUGGAUCCUCCCAGAUGAUAUCGACCCGGCUGAGAACGAGGCCAGACACCUCAUCCACGAGACAGACAAGGACAACGACGAGAAAAUGACCAAGAAAGAGAUCCUGGACAACUGGAACAUGUUUGUCGGCAGCCAGGCCACCAAUUACGGCGAAGAUCUCACCAGGAAACACGACGAGCUCUGAUGAUCUCGUGCUAGAAAAUGCGGUUUCCCGUUUGAAUCCAAGAGUUUUAUAGAUCAGGAGGGGGGGUUAAAACUAAAUACUACAUUAAAGUGUUUAUUUUUACAUGAACCAAUGGGAGAAUUGGAUGCAGGGUGGGGUUGAAAGUGAGGGAUCGAGAUCUAAUGGUCAUGGAUUGGGUCAGAAAAUCACCAGUGCUUUAACUCAACUGAAAGCGACUGUAUUUAUUUAGUCCUAACAAGCUCAUGGUCAGGUAUCCAUAUAGUGUACAUACAUACAAAUGUGUUUAGUACCUAGAGUUCACCACAGUUAGUAUUUCUUAAACACUCCACUCGCUGAUGCACCAGAGUUACGCACUGAGGAACUGCCUGUACUGACCGUUACACACCGCACUCAGCGGCCAGCAAAUUAUCUGUGACUGAGGGAGAGUGGACGAGGAGACAGGGCAGGAAGCGGAGGAGGUAUGAGGAUAAAGACCGUCAGUAUUGUCACAGUUUACUGGUGGAACAUUUCUCUGUGAAACCAAAUAAAGCCACGUGUGUGCGUGUGUGUUUUUUUA